AUUAUAAAUCCUAAAAACUACGCAGCAUUUUCUAAACCAAGGAUCCACACAGGAGCGCGCGAGCGGAGGGCCGAAUCCCAAAUCCAUUCCCACCAUCUACAUAAGUGCACUGCGUAGGGUGUGAAAUAGUGGCUUGUACAGCCUAUGUAGUGCACGACACGUGCAAUGGGGAUGCAUUUGGUAGCAAGAGAGGGAGAGAGAGAGAGAGAGAGAGGGAGAGAGAGAGAGCGAUAACGGAACUCCUCCAUUGUUUUCGUGCACAUUCCUGUCCUCACAGCGGGGCGCUCCGUCCGCCUCUCGCAUUGGCUGAGCGCAGAGCUGAGCUCCGAGCGCCUGCGUCUCUGCCUUGUAUUUUUAGGUCGGACUGCGCUGAGCAGUGCGCUGGUGCUCGGGGUGGAAACUGCAGCACCUCGUCCCUGUUCAUUGUCAGCAUCCAAGCUACGGAUUGGACGCAUCAGACGCAGCAGUGCAGUGCAGAAUCGGGACUUUCUCUGGAAAUGGCUAGUGCUGAAGAGAGCUCCAGCUCCCGGCCGGAUCACCACGAAGCCACCGAGUGCAGCUCCGGAGCAGCUUUUCAGGAGGCGCAGAAAUGGAUAGAGGCAGUGACGGGGAGAACGUUUGGUGAGAAGGACUUCAGGAGCAGUCUGGAGAAUGGCAUUCUACUUUGCGAGUUGCUGAGUUCCAUCAAACCAGGACUUGUGAAGAAGAUUAACAGACUCCCAACCCCCAUUGCAGGACUGGAUAAUCUCACCAUGUUCCUGAGGGGAUGUGAGGAGUUAGGACUAAAGGGAUCACAACUGUUCGACCCAGGAGACCUGCAGGACAUGUCUAUACGCGCCAACCUAACGGGUUCAGAUUACAGUCGGAAGCUGAAGAAUGUGCUGAUCACUAUUUACUGGCUGGGCAAAACUGCAAACAGUUGUGCAUCGUAUAGUGGUCCAACGCUUGACCUAAAAGAGUUUGAAGGCCUUUUGUCCAUGAUGAGGAAGGAGUGUGUGAAUGAGGAGCCUGACUCUCCUAAGCGCAGUGUACGGGACAGCGGAUGCGUGGACAACUGGGAAUCGGAACAUUCUGAUUCGUUGUCACCUCCGAGGCAUAGACGAGAGGAUUCCUUUGACAGCCUGGACUCCUUCAGCUCGCAGUCACAGCCCACACCUUCCCCCGAUACUGUGCUCCGUGCUAACAGUGAUGAUUUGGAGGGAGAUCACAGAAAGUUGCCAGAUGUGCUAAAAGACGACAUGUCCGCCCGCCGUGUCUCCUAUAAAGAGCCCCGUGCUGCGCUGCCUUUUAACCAGUACCUCCCCAACAAGAGUAAUCAAAGCACCUACAUGCCUGCUCAGCUGAGGAAGAGGAGGAGCGAACGUGAAGAAGAACGCAGGAGUGGCAGCAACUCCACAUCCCCCGUUAGAGAGGAGUGUGUUGGCAUUUCGAGCGAGACACCUCUUGCUCUCAACUCCCAGAAAACUGUGACCUGGGCAGUUGUGGGAGGGGCGGAGCCUCAGCUGGAUGAGGCAGAGCUUAAGAAGAUGAGAAAGCUAGAGAAGGCGGGUAUUAAAGUGUUGCCUGCUUCUGCGCGAUACAGCAGUCCUAAGGUGACUGCUGUAGAGCCCGAUCAGCCUAAAUCUCCAUCUCCUGACAUCAUCCGUCGAUGUGAUAACAACUUCCCGCGGGCUGAACACACUCACGAGUGGGACGAGGAGGAUGAUGAGGACGAAGAAGGAGAUAGAAAGGUCCCAGAUAUCCAAAAGGAUGACCUUGCGUCCCGGAGGGCACGCAUGAACCAACCGAAACCCAAUGUCGCGCAUCAGUUCCUGCCAAGCUCGUGCAGCAGUAAGGACCGCGAGCGUUGGGAAGGAAUCCGGCUUUCCUCCCAGCAUGCUGUGCUGGAGAUGUUGGAGAAAAUGGAGCAGGAGAAGAAGAGUGAAUCUGACACCACCUCCGCUGAGGUGCCAAUUGUAACUCGCAAGGACAACCCCUUCCUAAGUACUCAUGGGAGAAAGAAGAGUGAGGAGGAAGAGAGUGAUGAGGAGGACAAGGGGCAGUCAGUUGUCCCAAACAUACAGAAGGAUGAUCUUGCCAGGAGGCGAACUCAAAUCGGGUCCCUCCCACAAAGGGAUCCUCGUCAGUCAUUGGCCCAGACAAGUAUCACUCAAUCAGACCUUGAGAAGUGGCAGAGACUUUCAAUGACCAUCGGAAACAGUGAGGCCGCUCCAGUUGAAGUGUCAAUCAUAACUCGAAAGGACAACCCCUUCCUGAGUCCCGAGAAAGCAAGGGAGAAAGAGGAUGAUGAGGAUGAGCAGAGUCAGACAGAGCGAGGCGGACAGGCUGCUUUGCCUAAUAUACAGAAAGAUGAUCUGGCUAGGAGGCGGGGUCAGACUGGGGCCCUCCCACAUCGGGAUCACCAGCAGUCAUUGGCUCAGACGGCCAUGACGCAGUCAGACCUGGAAAAGUGGCAGAGACUGCAGAUGAGCACAGAGAACAGUGACUCGCCCCCUCUGUGUCAGUCCUGCCUCGCUGCCUCCUCAGUGAAGGUUGCCCACAGCGACCCGGCUCGUUGCCAGGGGCGUUCCCGUGGUGACCGCAAGCGCAUUGUGACGUUCGGGGGUGUGACUAAGAUGGAGAACGUUUCCUGGGAAGAGGGAAGACAGGAAGAAGAGUGGAGGAAAGAGGGUGGGAAGGAUGAGUCAGAGACGCUGCAACGCCUCCUCUCCUCAGCAACUGUUGCCAUGCCCACCGCUGGGAUGAGCUCAGGGCGAGAGAGAGAUGGAGACACAAGCAACCCAACCUCACCCCUCAAGUCCCCGCAACCCUCUAUUUCUGACCCCAAACACCAUUUGACCCUUGCUGAGCGUGAGGCUCUUGAGCUGAGGCUGGCUGAGAAAGCAAGGGAUGAGAAGGAGUAUGAGGAAGAGGAAGAGGAGGAAGAGAAGGAAAGACAGCCUGACCUAAAGAAGGAUGACAUGAUGGCCCGACGGACUGGAGUGUUUCAGAAAGCAAGUGGAAACGUGUAUAAUCGGUUCCUCCCACUGCCUAGCUCUAAGAAAGAAACAUGUCCAGCUGAUUCGGUUCCGAAAGAGAGCAAGAGUGUAUCCAGAGAUCCAGUCUUUGAUAGAAACAUAAAAACAAAGCGAUUCAAAGUGGGACAAAGAGUUGAACAGGUAAAACCUGAGCCAGUGGUACCAUCUGCCGCUCAAAAGGAGCCAGAAGUUCUGGGUUCAACUUCGACCCAUGCUGAGGUUCAUUGUGACAGUUAUCCUGAUAAUGAUGAUGAGUAUAAUGAUGGAAGUCCCCUCCCUAACCUGGAGAAAGAUGACAUGCUUGCAAGGAGGACAGGAUCAUACCAAAAACCGAGUGGGAAUCAGUUUAAUGCCUUUCUGCCUAAACCUGGAGGUGUCAAAGGCAAAAAUAAGUCUGUGAGUGGGCAAUACCAGUCAAACCUCAAAACCAGCGGACAAGAAAAGAAAGAUACUCAGGAGAGUAACCAUGGCUACAAUCUCAUCCCCACCCCUAGAUCUGUGACCCCGCCCCCAGCAGAUGUUGAUGACAUGCCUAGAAAAUGCCCUCAAAUUCUGGAUGGGCAGAAAGCAGACACUGUGGGCAUGAUGGGUGGGGAAAAUGAUGUUGUGGGCGGGGCCCAGGCACAAAGCCCUUUACCUUUACCUGUCCCUGAUGCACGGUACACGUUUUGCCUGGAUGAUGAUGUUUCCCCCCUGAUAUUCAGUCACAAGGCUUCUAGUGUUUCUGAUGAAACCGAGAGCGUCAGUUUGAUUGACAUGCGUGAUGAAGAGGAGGAUGUGGACUCGCUGUCACCACACAGCCAAACGCGACACGAGAGGCUGCACAACCAGUACAACAAACUCAAAGAAGAGGAGGACCAGUGGCAGGAUGACCUAGCUCGGUGGAAGAAUCGAAGGCGCAGUGCCUCUCAGGACCUGAUCAGGAAAGAGGAGGAGAGGAAGAUGAUGGAGAAACUGAUGACAUCGGAGGGAAGUUCUCAUCGCAGGAAGAGCAUCAAAACUUACAAAGAGAUUGUGGAGGAGAAGGAGCGUCGGGAGCAGGAGCUGCACGAGUUAUACUGCCAAGCCUCGACUCCCGAAGAGAAAGCAGCCAUAUUACAGCGCUAUGCCCUCCGCUUCACCAUCAGUGAUGCCAUAUUGGAGAAACUCCAGCUUCCAAAACUCCCUUCUGUUGCAAAACUCCAAUCUGCAUACACACUGAAUGAAGAAGCUGAAAUUUCAGAGUCUCAGACAUUCACUGAAACAGAAACAGAUUCCAGCGACCAGUACCUUAAACAGAUAACACACACUAUAAUGCACAGCCACUUCAACACUCCAGAUUUAUCACCUAUCCAAGACUCUAGAACUCCAGAACUCCCACUUUAUCCAGAAAUCCCCCUCUCACCAGCACGAGACUUAAAAACUCCAGAAGUCCAACUUUCUCCGGUCCAAGACACAAAAACUCCAGGAGUCCAACUUUCUCCAAUCCGAGACUCAAAAACUCCAGGAGUCCGACUUUCUCCAGUCCGAGACUCAAAAACUCCAGGAGUCCAACUUUCUCCAGUGCGAGACUCAAAAACUCCAGGAGUCCAACUUUCUCCAGUGCGAGACUCAAAAACUCCAGAAAUCCAACUUUCUCCAGUGCGAGACUCAAAAACUCCAGGAGUCCAACUUUCUCCAGUGCGAGACUCAAAAACUCCAGAAAUCCAACUUUCUCCAGUGCGAGACUCAAAAACUCCAGGAGUCCAAAUUUCUCCAAUCCGAGACUCAAAAACUCCAGAAGUCCAACUUUCUCCAGUGCGAGACUCAAAAACUCCAGGAGUCCAACUUUCUCCAAUCCGAGACUCAAAAACUCCAGAAGUCCAACUUUCUCCAGUUCGAGACUCCAACACUCCGGACAUCCCCCUCUCACUUUGCCUUGACUCCAAAACCUUAGAAGCCCCUCUUUCUCCCAUCAAGCCAACCAAAGCCCCUGAAGUCCGUCUCUCGCCUGUUCGGAUGCCCCCUGCGCCAUCCAGACCUGUGCCAUUACUAACACCAAAACCAUACAGCCAGCCCAAAUUUAAUCAGCCUUCUUUUAAGCAAGUUAAGAAUGAUGGACUGGUGCGUGUGAAUGGUGACGCCAUUGUAGAGGACACAAGAGAGAGUCCAGUGAGACCUGUUUCCUUCACCCCGACACCACCAAAACCAGCAAGUCAGAGUCCUCAGCGAGUGUCAGCCAUCUCAGCAGGAAGUGAAACCACGACUCAGGAGUGCACUCAGACCUCAUCCAUUCAAAAAACUGAACAUGUUAAAGAAGAGAGUGACAGUCACAGCAGUCCGGUUAAAAAGAGUACAGAGGACGAGACUUCCAAAACUCUCACAGAUUCAGAACUAACAGGAAAGCAGACCAUCCCUGAUACAGCAGUGAAGCGCAACUGUGUGGUGAAGACGACCAUCGUGACGGAGCUUAGAGAAACACACUCACUCCCCACAACAGAUGCUUCUAUUACUGACCAGAUGAGCUGUUCAGAUGGAUUAGGCCAGAAAUCUGAUGAGAUUUCCUUCACUGAGUCCAGAAAGGCUGACGUUACGUCCUACUCAGAGGGAUUUGACUUCACCAGCGAAUGUAUCGAAACCCCAAUCUUGAACCUUGCAAAGAGGGUCAAUCACUGGACGUGGGACCCUAACGAAGAGCGUAAACGGCAGGAGAGGUGGCAGCAGGAGCAGGAGCGCCUGCUACAGGAGAAGUAUCAGCGGGAACAGGAGAGACUGAAGCAGGAGUGGGAGAAAGCUCAGAAGGAGGUAGAAGAAGAGGAAAGGAAACACCAUGAAGAGGAGCAACGGAUCUUGGAGGAAACGGUGACCCCGCUGACCCCGCACUCAUCCUGUGGUGUGACGGAAACCCCGCCCACCUCCACAACCCCCCACGACACUAUUGUGUUGUCAUUGGCUGACUGGGAGAGGAAACAGGAAAUGCUGGAGAAAGAGGCAAAGAUGAACCAGAGAAAUGGUUUAGAGCACAGGUCUGAUCAGACAGAAGCAGUGUCACCUCCACCAAAGAACGACCAGGGAGCAGAACUUCAAGAGAGUCAGUCAGCUACACCACAGCUGCAGUUCACACAGGAUGGGUCUUGGAGCUGUAAAUCAGAGAGCAGACAGGAGUGGAAAAAAACGGCCUCCCUGGACCGGAAUGUGAGCCCUUCACAGAGUCAGCCUCCCAGGAUGAGGAGGUCUGGGUCGUACGAAAACAUUUUAGGGAUACACACAUCUCCAUCAUCACAAGACACAUCACCCUCAUCUUCAGACAGGUCGGUGAGCGCGAAGAAGCUGUGCUCCAGCUGUGCACAGCCGCUGGGCAAAGGAGCCGCGAUGAUCAUCGACACUUUGGGCCUUUACUUCCACAUCCAGUGUUUUAAGUGCGGUGUGUGUAAAGGGCUGCUUGGCGAAACGAGCACAGGAACCGAUGUCCGGAUCCGGAACGGUGUUCUCAACUGUCAUUCAUGCUACAUGAAAUCUCGUGCUGCUGGUCAACCCACCACGUUAUAAAGCCUUUUUUGCACCCAAAUUGAAGAGGAACUGGAACAUUUGCCAAGCCCACAGAAACCUGGGCCAUCUUCACAAUGAACACUGAAUUACACACAAUUAUAUUUCAUAUCAUCUCAAAAAAAAAAAGAAAAAAAAGCACAAAUCGCCUUUUGACACAAACGGAUUAAACUGGAACGUUGUGGGGUAUUUGGAUGAUAUUUCUGUGUAAAGCUUCAUAUUUCUGUGGAAAAAAAAAAGUCUUCUAAUGGCAAUAACUCUAAUCACCACAUGCAUGAGCAUGCACUGCAGUUAACAAAUAUUAAACAGUCGCUAGCUUAAUGUACAAAGUGGAGCGUUCCACUUGCAGAACAUGGGUAGAUAAAUUAGUGAUAAAAACACUGACCUGUUUUUUUAAAAAUUUUUCUUCAACUAAAUCCAAUUAUCUAACCGUGUGAUUGAGACGUUAGCGGAGGGACGUGGCUGUUGCGUAUUUACAUCAGCGGUUUUGCACUUUAGACUUUUUAUCAACAAACCUUCAGCCACUGACGACAAACAUUUGAGAAGAAACACAAAGAUAAGCGUAAUAAGCAAUGAUUAUUUAAACCUUUAUCAGUUUUGCUUGCAAAUGUAGAAAGUUUGAGAAUCUGUCACUUCUACUUGGCUUCCUAUCAGACCUCAUGUGCACUAUCUAGACCCUUUUUUAUGACCUAUGUAGUGCACUUAUUGGAAGUAGGCAGUCAUUUAGGACGCACCUUGAAAUUUUACAGCCGAGUCCCAAAUGGCUCAUCAGUGGAUAUUGCACAUAUGGUAUAGUGCACUAUCAAGCAUGUAGAAGAUAUUAACUUAUACAUUACACUUAUAAAGUAUACUUAUAAUUCAAAUAGUGAGUUAUUUGGGGUUAAUUUCAGAAUUUUUUUGUGUGUGCAAAAAUGUGUGAGUUUAUUUUGCUCUAUAUGGCCAUAACGGAAGGCACCACAUGCUGCAUACUUUAUUCUGUGAAUGAAUAAAAAGAAAAAUCCCAAAUAUCUCCUUAAAGCACUACAAAAGGUGUAGAAGCCAGUAUGUCAUACCCUAUACCCUCUGUAGUGCACUUACAUAGGUAUUUUAAAGCCUUUUGGGAUUCAGCCAGAAUGAAUGAAUGGUUUAAAAAAAUGUCUUGGUUUGUUAACUCGAGGUUUUAAGUUAAUUGUAGUGUUGAACUGUUUUUGAGUAUUUCCUCUUCAUUUUCCUAUUUAUGUUCUCUUUUAUCAUCUCAUUCUGAUCAAAUGUUAGUUUGCUGUUGUUUAAAAAAAUAAUGCAUGAUGUUUGAAGUCUCAUAAAUACUGGAUGAAUAUCGAUUAGUUCCAUGGGGUUGUUUUGGUCGCUCAAGUUUGUUUCAUUUUCACUGUCAAUUGCUGGAGAAAGAACAAGAAUGUCGUUUUAGUUUUGGAGAAUUCGUUCUAUUUUUCCAGACAUGUGUCGGUCAUAUCUAUUUCCAUGCCGUGCCUUAAAUAUGACCGCACCCUUGAUGAGAGGUUGUGUGGUCGUGUAUGUGUAUGCAACAUCCAAAGCUUUGUAGAGCUACUUCAUUUUAUUUUGCAGCGCACAGUUAUAUACUGCGCUAUAUACUGAGCAAAAUUCUCUCUUAAUCCUGUUGCGUUUUGUUCGUAAACCUUGUACAUGGCAAAAAUCAUAGUGUUCAAUUAACUCUUAAGGUAUUGGCGUCCAACUGGACUUUACACGUUAAAGAUUCACAUGUUGAUAGACAUGGUAGUUUCCACAGCAAGGUUUAAUUCAUCAUUUCAUGUUAAUUCAACAAAUAAUUUAAAACAGUCUUGGAGUUCGGAAGCUUACGUUUUUACAUUAUUUAUCAGACCAAGUUAUCGUUGUUUACAUAGUUGGACAAAUCAUAAAUCUAUUAGCUAGCCCACUGGGCAAGUAAAACCUCCAUGUUUUUGUUGCCCAGAAGCUGACUAUACUAAAAAAAAAACAAGCUAGCAUAAUGUAAUAACGUGUAUCAAGCUAGUUAGCUAGUCAAGUGACUUAAUACAGACGAAAGAAAACUUUAUCCUCAUCUAUCAAAAUUUGUAAUGUAGCAUAUCAUGUUUGCGGCCUCGACAAAAAGUCGUUAUCCAACGUUUUUGUCAGUGAGAUGUGGUGUUCCAUCCUCGCAUUUCACGUGAGACAUUUCUCUCGAUAUGUUUAACCACGAGGUAAAUGUGCGUAGUAAGCAGGAGAGUUAUAUCCCGACUUUUGCGCUACGUUUUAUUUUCCUUGAUCUCGUCAGUGUUUUCGCAUACAUGUGUAUUCCAGAUUCCAAAAAGAUCGUCUGGUAUCCAUGCACACUUAUUAAUCCGUGUAGUCGAUGUGUGUAGUGCGGCAGGAGGUGGGAUUUGGAACGAGUUGCACACACUAUAGUUACAGCAUCGAAGUAACGCACCACCAUGAAACGUGUUAUGUUUAAACAUUUAAACAUAGCUAUGUACCAAAUGAAAGCUUUUGUUUUGCUAACAUCUCUGCUGGGCAACUACAAAUUAAAAAAAAAAAAUCUGCUUGUCCCAGGCACCUGGGCUCUUGAUUUGUCCACCCAUGGUUAACAUUUAUAAAAAUUUAUAAAAAAUUGUAACACAUGUUCUGCAAAUACAAGCCCAAGUCUGUUUAAAUAACCUUCAUAGCCUUCCUUACUUCACAUUCUGUUACACUUUGAGUCUGAAAACAAGUAUAAAAUCAAGAUAUGUCCCAAACACUAGGAAUUGAUAGUAGAGAAACACUAACGAAGAGUCACUUUUUGUUAUCGUGAUCAGCUAAUUAGCGGUGAGCGAGAUAUCACUACGUAAAUCAUGAAACACACUUAGCUAAUCCUUGCUGAAGGAAGCUAGAAAAGGUAAACAAAUGUGACCUCGACCUCUGUGUUUGUUUUUAUAACAUAGCUAAUUUGAAAUUAUUUGAAUAGUCGUAAGCAAACUCGCAGCUCACUAAGUAUGAGCACCGUAUGAGUGCCGAAAAGUGGGAUUUUUUUGAGACGUUUCUAGUAAGAACGCUGAGUAGACAUAAAUUCCAGUGUUUGGGACAUGGAGCGUUUCCACAUCUAUCAUGUCUGCCUUUUAUUUGCUUUGCUAAUCUCUAAUUACGAUAUAAUGAGUAGGUUAUUAGCAGGAUUAUGUAGCUGAUAUGGUUUUGUUACUCAGAGAGGAAUUGAGUUGUUGAUGAAAGUGACCUGUGCUGAAGCUCUAUAUUUAUUUGAUCAUCUUAGGACGACCUAACGAACCCGACAAACCCUCCAUAAGCAGUGGGUUUUAUAGCAAGUGUAUGUUUAUAUAAAUAAACUAUUUUAAAUGUA